UGUCAAAGUCAAAAAGUUUAAAUCACUGACUCAAGCAAAGCAAGCAAAUCCACAAAAAAGAACAAGAUCAUCUAUGGAACAAGAUAAACAAACGAAGCAAAGGCUAGCAAGUGCCUAGAUUUAUUUUAUUGCAAAAUUGAUAACCUACCGACUUAUCCUGGAACAAGGUAUAGUUACCUUUCAGCAUGGCUCUACCUGUGGCGCAACCAGCUGAAGUUCUUAGGGCAUGGCAGAAAGACGAUCUUUACGAAAAACAACUCGCAGAUUACAUAGCUCGACUUUUACCUUCACAUCACGCAGCCAAAUCCGUCCCCAUCUCGUCAAUUCUUUAUAAAUCCUUCACCACUCUAAAAGACCUUCAGACAUUGGGAGAAGAAUAUUCAGGAAUCGUACAAGUCAACGAUAGUUAUUACAAAUUACCUUCUUUCAGUAGUCGAUUACUCAGCAUAUUUUUAUCGGCAUUUGGUGAGAACUUUACUAGAAAAUUAUUAAGAAAUGCUGAGAAAAGUAUUGAGAAAAAUGGAUCACUACGCCCCGAAGCCCAAAAUGUGUUUUUAGUGUUACUAAAGGCCUUAACUUCCAUGAUACCACAAAUAAUAAGUAUUCACCGAGCACUAUGUUAUAUGAAUGGUGGUCCUAUCGAGAUUGGAAAAUCGAUGACUGGGAUUGACUAUGUCCAUGUAAGACCAGCUGCAGCAGCAUAUUAUGCUCACUUGAGGUUAUUAGGAGUUGUGACAUUAAUACACUCUUUCAUGUCUUGUGGUCAAAGUUUUUAUCAAGCCAAGAAAUAUAUGGAUCAGAUGAGGGAGAUUCCCAAUGAGGUAGAUAGCAGUAAAUCAUGUGUUGCUUGUUUAGAAGAGAUGACACAGCCUUGUGUUUUGCCAUGUGGUCAUAUAUUUUGUAUGCAAUGCUGUUAUGGAGCACUGGAAACUUGUGCAUUGUGUCGAUCACAAUUUAUGAAGAACAAUGUUGUGCCAUUAAUGAAUUAUUACCCUGGCGAGUUCAAGUAGUGUUUGGAAUAUAAGGGUAUGGGGCUUUACAUAAAGUAUGUAUCUUAUUUCAAAGAAAACUUAUUUUUGAAACCAAAGAUUAUUUUGUACAUAGGCAAAAAGGGAAUAAAAAACUAU